AUGUGCUUCUGGACCAAGCUUCCGGUAUUCUGGGUGCCAUUGUUCCUUCUACUCAGCCUUGUUCCCUCUACUGAGACAAAAAAGCCCUCAGCCCAGGAUAGCAGCACCUGGAGUCCUGGCCAACUGAUACAAGUACUACGAGUUCUCUCUGCUGGUGACCCCGCACCCCUGAACCACUCAAGAGGCCUCAUCCAAACACUGUUGGAGAAAACUGGGUGCCCACGGAGGACCAACGGCAUGCGAAGAGAUUGCAGUCUGUGCUUUGAACCAGAUGCCCUGUUACUAAUAGCUGGAGGAGAUUUCGAAGAUCAGCUCAGAGAGGAAGUGGUCCAGAGAGUUUCUCUUCUCCUCUUGUACUACAUUAUUCAUCAGGAAGAGAUCUGUUCUUCAAAGCUCAACAUGAGUAACAGAGAGUAUAAAUUUUACCUACACAGCCUCCUCAGCCUCAGGCAGGAUGAAGACUCCUAUUUCCUCUCACAGAACGAGACAGAAGAUAUCUUGGCCUUCACCAGGCAAUACUUUGACACUUCUAAAAGCCAGUGUAUGGAAACCAAAAUGCUGCAGAAAAAAUCUGGAAUACUAAACAGUGAUGGUGCUGAUGAAAAGACACUUCCUCAGUUAGCGGCAACAAUCAUUGCUUUGUCCCUUCAAGGUGUUUGUCUGGGACAAAGACAUUUGCCUUCCCCAGAUUAUUUUACAGAAUAUAUUUUCACUUCCUUGAAUAGUACAAAUACUCUCCGCCUAUCAGAACUAGACCAACUCCUCAACACUCUCCGGACCAAAAGUACCUGCAUAGGAAAAGAUAAAAUUCAUCAACUUAGAAGGAAACAAAACAACAUAACAGUCCGUGAUUGGGGCCAUCCUAAUCUGUCUGUAUCCACGGACCAAGAGUCAGAAGAUGGUCCAAUUUCCUGGGAUCAGACUUGCUUCUCUGCUGGGCAGCUGGUAGACAUAUUUCUACAGAACAGCAUUUCACCCAUUUCUAAGGAGGACUUUAAACUAAUGAGUCCAGGAAUCAUCCAGCAACUGCUCAGCUGCUCUUGCCAACUGCCCAAGGACCAACAAGCAAAGCUGCCACCCACCACUCUGGAGAAAUAUGGCUACAGCACAGUGGCUGUGACACUGUUGACAUUGGGCUCCCUGCUGGGGACAACACUGAUCCUUUUCCACAGCUGUGAGGAGAACUACAGGCUUAUUUUACAGCUAUUUGUGGGCCUGGCUGUUGGGACACUGUCUGGGGAUGCUCUUCUCCACCUGAUCCCCCAGGUUCUUGGUUUACAUAAGCAGGAAGCCUCAGAGUUUGGACAUUUCCAUGAAAGCAAAGGUCAUAUCUGGAAACUGUUGGGAUUAAUUGGAGGCAUCCAUGGAUUUUUCUUAAUAGAAAAAUGUUUUAUUCUUCUUAUAUCACCAGGUGCUGAGCAGGGCAUGUCUUUGGUUAAUGGGCAUGUGGGACAUUCCCACCAUCUUGCACUCAACUCUGAAUUAAGUGACCAGUCAGGCAGAGGCAAAUCUGCUUCAACUAUCCAGUUGAAAGGCCCAGAAGAUUCACAGGCACCUGAAAUUCAUCUGGGCAGUAUGACAGCCUCCAAUAGAAAAUGCAAAACCAUUAGCUUGUUGGCAAUAAUGAUACUGGUUGGAGACAGCCUGCAUAAUUUUGCAGACGGCCUGGUAAUAGGAGCAGCCUUCUCAUCUUCAUCCGAGUCGGGAGUGACCACAACAAUUGCUAUCUUGUGUCAUGAAAUUCCACAUGAAAUGGGAGACUUUGCUGUGCUCUUAAGCUCUGGACUUCCUAUUAAGAUUGCCAUUCUGAUGAAUUUUAUAAGUGCUCUAACUGCCUUCAUAGGACUGUAUAUUGGUCUCUCCGUGUCAACGGAUCCAUGUGUUCAAAACUGGAUCUUAACAGUUACUGCUGGGAUGUUCUUAUAUUUAUCCUUGGUGGAAAUGCUUCCUGAAAUGACUCAUGUUCAAACACGGCGACCCUGGUUGAUGUUUCUCCUGCAGAAUUUUGGAUUGACCCUAGGUUGGCUUUCUCUCUUACUGUUGGCUAUAUAUGAACAAAAUAUUAAAAUAUAAGAGUCUCAAAAUCCCUUAAAAAUGAAUUUAUAUGGCCUCAUU